AUGGCGCCGGUGCCCCGAAGCAACUUACAGAUCUCGGAUGAAGAAUCAGAUGAAGACAACGACGAGAAAACCCCUCUGGUUGAGAAUCCGUACGACAGGUAAGAACGGAAAGAAGAUGUAAAGGGGUGGGAUGUCUUCGUAGUGACCCCACCAGAAGAGGAGGAUGAAACAGCCACAUCCAAGGCCAUCGACAUCACACUCAAACUGCUUAAAUUAUUCGUUUAUUUGCUCACCUUUGCUGUAGUUUUGUUGUCGGCCGUCAUAGCUAAAGGCAGCUUCCUCUUCAUGACUUCGCAAGUGCAACCUGACAAAAAGUUACCUGUGUGCAAGAAAGGAUUAGGUUUAGAUCGAGACAGAGAUUAUGAGGUUUAUUUUCCUACUUUAGAGAGGGUGGCUUGGACUUGGGCCCUUUUCUUCAUAAUGGUUGUGCCAGAAUUUUUUACUCUCUUUCGCAGCUGCCGCAUUUGCGUCUUCAAGUCCUACAAGAGGCCAAAGUUUUUUACCUUCGCAGCGGUUUUCGUCGCUGAAACUCUUUCCACGACAGGCCUCUGCCUGCUGGUAUUCGUGGUACUGCCCGAUUUAGAUGUCGUGAAAUCCGCUAUGCUCACCAACUGUGUCUGCCUGGUGCCAGCUAUCUUCAGUCUCCUAUCUCGGCACAAGGAAGAGAAUCGGAGGGCCCUCAAAGUGAUUUUCGACAUUGUGGCCAUCGUCCUGCAGGCAGGAGCGUUGGCCGCCUGGCCCCUGUCCGAAAUCGAUAGUCCCAGGGCCUGGUGCAUCCCCAUUGCGAUCGUUCUUGUCUCGGUGAGAUGGUGGGAAAAUUUCUUGGACAAGAAAUCCCCUAUUGGUGUGAUCCGGAAAUUGAGUGCCAUCAAGGAAGACUUGAGGAAGAGCAGGUAUUUUACGUAUGUAUUUAUUUCUGUGUGGAGAACUUUACUUAUUCUCUGCUCAAUGUUUGGACUUUUGCAUAUGAAUAUGGAGCAUGCAGCUGUAAUUUUUAAAGGUUUUGGUGCUAGCUUUAGAAGCCAUCCUAUCAAUUUACAACAAAUCAGAAGGACGCUGCUUCAAGGAAACAUGCCAGACGUACCGACAGCCAGCCCUCUUGAUGAACAGGUAUCUAUUCCUUCCCUCGCUAUGACCCCCAUACAUGUGGCCAUGAUUCAGAUAAGCGCAGCUUUAGUUUGUUACGUGUUUGCGAAGUUUGCCUGUAAAAUCUGCAUCCAAGGGUUCAGCUUUGCAUUUCCCAUCAGCCUAACAAUACCGCUUUGUAUUUCCGGAGCGAUUGCUGCUUGUGGACUGAGAGCGGAGGACCAGUGCACUUUUGAUUCUUUCAUACCGAGGUACUUGUUCUGGACUUGCCCAAAUGGUAACUUCUUGCAGGAGUUUGUAUCGGAUCAAUAUGCUUGGAUGUGGCUUUUGUGGCUGUUGUCCCAAACUUGGAUUGCCGUUCAUAUUUGGACGCCCAAAUGUGAGAGAUUGGCCAGCACAGAGAAGUUAUUUGUGAAUCCUAUGUAUUGCGGCCCACUGAUAGACCAGUCAUUGGCAUUGAAUCGUAGACGAGACGAUGAGGGAGAAAUAAAAAGUGAAGAACUUGACUUGGAAAACUCGAAGGAGGACAACGACAUUUCUCAGUACUAUGAAAGUAUUUCGAUCCGUAGUGAAGCUUCCAGUACGACUUCAGGCAAAGGAGUCCCGGUGAAAGGAGCUGACCACAUCACUCGCAUUUAUGCAUGCGCAACCAUGUGGCAUGAGACACCGGAGGAGAUGUUACAGAUGCUUAAAUCCGUUCUCAGGAUGGAUGAAGAUCAAUGUGCGCGGAGAAAUGCGCAGAAGUAUUUGAGAAUCGUGGAUCCGGACUACUAUGAAUUCGAAGUUCAUAUAUUCUUUGAUGAUGCCUACGAGCUGUGCGACGGAGAUGAUGAAGAAAUGGUCGCCAACCGAUUCGUCAAGCAACUCGUUAAAAUCAUGGAUACUGCAGCCAGUAACGUACAUCAAUGUAAUAUUAAACUGAAGCCGCCAAAGAAGAUUCCGACUCCCUAUGGAGGUAAACUGCUAUGGACUAUGCCGGGGAAGAAUAAACUUGUUGCUCACCUGAAAGAUAAAAUCAAAAUCAGACAUCGAAAGAGAUGGAGUCAGGUAAUGUACAUGUACUAUUUGCUGGGUCAUCGACUUAUGGAGUUGCCCGUGGAUGUGAACCGCAAAGCAACAAUGGCCGAAAACACUUUCAUUCUCGCUUUGGACGGAGAUAUCAAUUUCAGACCCCACGCAGUGCAACUUCUGGUUGAUCUUAUGAAGAAAAACCGGAAUCUCGGAGCUGCAUGUGGCCGGAUCCAUCCUGUUGGAACAGGUCCAAUGGUAUGGUACCAGAAAUUCGAGUACGCCAUCGGUCAUUGGCUGCAAAAAGCGACGGAACAUAUGAUUGGAUGCGUGCUUUGUAGUCCCGGUUGCUUUUCUUUAUUCAGAGCCAAAUCACUCAUGGACGACAACGUCAUGAAGAGGUACACGACCACUUCUGACGAGGCUUUGCACUACGUACAGUACGAUCAAGGGGAGGACCGAUGGUUGUGCACGCUGCUGCUUCAAAGGGGUUAUCGAGUAGAGUACAGUGCUGCGUCUGAUGCUUACACUCACUGCCCCGAGGGAUUUGGCGAGUUCUACACUCAAAGAAGAAGAUGGGCUCCCUCCACAAUGGCAAACAUCAUGGAUCUUCUUGGCGACUACAAAGCCACUAUAGCCAUAAACGACAACAUCUCUUUCCCUUACAUCAUCUACCAGGGUAUGUUGAUGGUGGGCACUGUCCUCGGCCCGGGUACGAUCUUCCUCAUGUUGGUCGGAGCGAUGGUGGCUGCUUUUAAGAUUUCCAACUGGUAUUCUUUCUACUACAACAUAGUACCGAUUCUCGUAUUCAUGGCUGUUUGCUUCAUUUUCAAGAAUGACAUUCAGAUUCUGGUUGCACAAGUCAUGAGUACAGCAUAUGCUUUGUUCAUGAUGGCUGUCCUGGUGGGUACUUCCAUACAACUUUCUGAAGACGGCAUUGGUUCACCUUCGGCAAUUUUCCUUAUAGCACUAUCGGGAAGUUUCUUCACUGCUGCGGUUUUGCACCCUCAAGAAUUUUGGUGCGUAGUUCCUGGCUUGUUGUACUUCUUGAGCAUCCCAUCUAUGUACCUUUUGCUCAUCAUUUAUUCCCUGGUAAACUUAAACGUAGUCACCUGGGGAACAAGAGAAGUGCAGACGAAGAAGACGAAGAAAGAACUGGAAGAGGAGAAAAAGGAGCAAGAGGAAUUGCUGAAGAAGAAGAAAAACCCCGACCUCCUUUCAUUCUUAGGUCUCGGAGGCAACGACAAUGACGAGGGAAGCAUCACAUUUAGUCUUGCAAAUCUGUUCAGUUGCAAAUUCUUCACGUACCCUAAAUCCAACGAGGACAAAGUUCAUUUGCUGCAAAUCGGAGAACAGUUGGAGCAACUCAACAAGAAAAUAUCGGGACUGGAGAGGCAGUUGGAGUUAUCGAGGGUGAUCCCCUUCAGGGGAAGGAAGGGAUCCGUCAGGUCCGCUUCUGAAGCUGGAUUGGGACCCGUGCAAGAGGGAGGAGAGCAUAUCCCAGACUUCAACUCUGAUUCGGAGGGAGAGAACAGCGAAGCCCUUGAACCUAAACCAGAACGAGAUGAUCUCAUAAACCCCUACUGGAUCGAGGAUAAAGACCUGAGGCGUGGAGAAGUUGAAUAUCUUUCAGCAGCAGAAAUGCAGUUCUGGAAGGACCUUAUAGACAAAUAUCUCUUUCCACUCGACAACAACAAAGAACACCAAGCUCGUGUGGCUGCCGAAUUGAAGGAACUAAGGAAUAAAGUUGUCUUCGGCUUCUUCAUGUUCAACGCUCUCUUCAUUUUGAUUGUGUUUUUGAUGCAACUGAACAAAGAUCUUCUGCACUGGGAUUGGCCACUGGGAGUGAAAACAAAUAUCACUUACAUACCCGAGACCAGUGAAGUGAGAAUCGACAAGGAGUUUCUGCAGCUCGAGCCCAUCGGCUUAGUCUUUGCCGUAUUCUUUGCUCUGAUUUUGGUCAUCCAAUUUACAGCGAUGCUUUUCCACAGGUUUGGCACACUCUCGCACAUAAUGGCUUCCAUCGAAUUGGGAUGCUUCAAUCAAAAGGUUGAAGAUAUCAGCGACGAUGCAUUCAUCGAUCGCAAUGCAGUCCAGAUAGCCAAGCAGCUGCAACGUCUUCGGGGCAUCGACGACGACGACCGGAGUGAGGAGGACCCCUAUGGAGACAGGUUGGCCCACAGGAAGACCAUCCAGAACCUGGAGAAACGGAAGCACCAGGGAAACAGAACCGGCACAUUGGAUGUUGCCUUCAGAAAGAGGUUCAUGAACUUGGGAGUGCAGGAGAAGAAAGCAGCUGUUGCCACUCCUGUUCUAAGUGGACUGCAAAGACUUGGUCGUAAUCGUGAAACUUUAAGAGCCUUAGAACUACGCCGUAAUCAUUUGCUGGGAAGUAAUAUCUCAAGUCAGAAAAUGGAGACUUUGGGAGCAAGAAAUAAUUAUGUUAUUCGAAAUGGCAGAAAUCCGAGGCACAUCGAACAAAUUUUCACAGGCAAUUCGAAUGGACAUAUCAAUCCCGUUUUGUCAGAUGACUCGGACGUGGAAUCUGCUGGAGGUCGUAGCAUAAGACUGGAGACAUACGGUUCCAGAAACAGUUUGUCAAGUUACAGAGAAGAAAACGAUGCUGCUGCUAGAAGGCGGCAAAGCCACAUUCCUUAAAAAUGACUGUUGCGAUGAACCUCAUCCUAGCCAAAUCACAGAAAAUGGUGCUAAAACGUGGUGGUUAUAAGUUCAAAUGAAGUAACUUAAAGUGUGCUGUCUUACUAUGAGAUUAUUUAUUUCGUUCUGAACGUGAAUGUGUUCUUAUAACUAGACUUGUAUUAUAUGUUGCUCUACGCAUACGCUCCAAUUGUUAGGUACGCAAUGUCCGUAGUUGCUACGGAAUUCCAAUUAAAAAUAAGUGUUUAAAACAUUUUAGAAAUACCAACAUAAAAUUGUUUCAAAUUUUUGUGUCAUUCAUAACCCAUAUUUGUAAAAUGUUUUUUUAUUUAUUUAUUUUUUAAAAAUGUCGGUUGUAUUUAUGGUACUUCGGUCAUUGUAUGGUAAGCACUAUGGAUGACUGAGUGACCAAUGUUGAAGGGUAUGUCCAUGAUUGAUAUAUAAUUUUAAGCAUCAUUUAUGUGAAAUAAUCUUUAAGGAGAAACUUAUUACAAUGAUAAACCAAUUUUAACCUAUUUUCUUAUAGAAGAGAAGAACUUUUAUAAGAAUUGAACUCUGUACUUAACUUUUUAUAAGAACGAUUUUAUAUACAUAUAAGAGCUGAACUUAACCUAUAUUUCUCAUCAUCGACUUUUGACUUUUCUAUUUUCUUCUGUACCUG